CCCGCCCCGCCCCUCCCCUCCCGCCGGCAGCGGGGCGUCUGCGGCACCGGCACCUGCCCGGCGGAGGAGCGCCGCGCAGCGCGGAGCCGCCGAGAUGGCGGAUCCCGCCGAGUGCAGCAUCAAAGUGAUGUGCCGCUUCCGGCCCCUCAACGAGGCGGAGAUCCUCCGCGGCGAUAAAUUCAUCCCUAAAUUCAAAGGCGAGGAGACGGUGGUCAUCGGGCAAGGGAAGCCCUAUGUCUUUGACAGAGUGUUACCUCCCAACACAACCCAGGAGCAAGUUUAUAAUGCCUGUGCCAAGCAGAUUGUUAAAGAUGUUCUUGAAGGCUACAAUGGCACAAUCUUCGCUUAUGGGCAGACAUCAUCAGGAAAGACACACACCAUGGAGGGGAAGCUGCAUGACCCUCAGCUAAUGGGAAUCAUUCCGAGAAUUGCACAUGACAUCUUUGAUCACAUCUAUUCCAUGGAUGAGAACCUGGAGUUUCACAUAAAGGUUUCCUACUUUGAGAUCUAUUUGGACAAAAUAAGGGACCUACUUGAUGUGUCAAAGACAAACCUUGCUGUACAUGAAGAUAAGAACAGAGUUCCAUACGUGAAGGGUUGUACAGAAAGAUUUGUAUCUAGUCCUGAGGAGGUGUUGGAUGUCAUUGAUGAAGGGAAAGCUAACCGCCACGUGGCUGUUACAAAUAUGAAUGAACACAGCUCUAGAAGUCACAGUAUCUUCCUUAUUAAUAUUAAACAAGAAAAUGUGGAAACUGAGAAGAAACUUAGUGGAAAACUGUACCUGGUAGACUUGGCUGGAAGUGAGAAGGUCAGCAAAACUGGAGCGGAGGGUGCUGUUCUUGAUGAAGCUAAAAAUAUCAAUAAGUCUUUGUCUGCUUUAGGCAACGUGAUAUCUGCCUUGGCAGAAGGAACUAAAACUCAUGUUCCAUACCGUGACAGCAAAAUGACCCGGAUACUUCAGGAUUCCCUCGGUGGAAACUGCAGAACCACCAUUGUUAUAUGCUGUUCUCCUUCUAUUUUCAAUGAAGCAGAAACGAAGUCGACCCUGAUGUUUGGACAGCGAGCUAAGACCAUUAAGAACACAGUCUCUGUGAAUCUGGAACUGACUGCAGAGGAGUGGAAGAAAAAGUACGAGAAGGAAAAAGACAAAAACAAGAGUCUAAAGAAUGUUAUCCAGCAUCUGGAGCUGGAACUGAACAGGUGGAGAAAUGGAGAAGCUGUGCCUGAAGACGAACAGAUCAGUGCCAAAGACCAGAAGAACCUGGAGCCAUGUGAUAACACACCAAUCAUUGACAACAUCACACCUGUGGUUGCCAGCAUCUCAACAGAGGAAAAGCAGAAGUAUGAUGAGGAGAUUGCCAGUCUCUACAGGCAGCUGGAUGAUAAGGAUGAUGAAAUCAAUCAGCAGAGCCAGUUGGCUGAAAAGCUAAAACAGCAAAUGUUGGAUCAAGAGGAGCUUUUGGCCUCCACUAGGAGAGAUUAUGAGAAGAUUCAAGAGGAACUCACCCGUCUUCAGAUUGAGAAUGAAGCUGCAAAAGACGAAGUGAAAGAAGUCCUUCAAGCCCUGGAAGAACUAGCUGUCAAUUAUGACCAGAAAUCCCAAGAAGUGGAGGACAAAACAAGAGCCAAUGAGCAGCUGGCUGAUGAACUGGCACAGAAGAGUACGGUUCUGUCAGCAACCCAGAGGGAGCUGGGCCAGCUGCAGGAGCUCAGUAACCAUCAGAAGAAGAGAGCCACAGAAAUCUUAAACUUGCUGCUUAAAGACCUGGGAGAGAUCGGAGGGAUCAUUGGCACUAAUGAUGUUAAAACAUUAGCAGAUGUGAAUGGGGUGAUUGAAGAGGAGUUCACCAUGGCACGGCUUUACAUCAGCAAGAUGAAGUCUGAGGUGAAAUCUCUGGUGAACCGCAGCAAGCAGCUGGAGAGUGCCCAGAUAGAUUCCAACAGGAAAAUGAACGCCAGCGAGAGGGAGCUUGCAGCUUGCCAGCUCCUCAUUUCACAGCAUGAAGCAAAGAUCAAGUCCCUGACAGACUACAUGCAAAACAUGGAGCAGAAGAGAAGGCAGCUGGAAGAGUCCCAGGAUUCUCUCAAUGAGGAACUUGCCAAGUUACGUGCUCAAGAAAAAAUGCAUGAAGUCAGUUUCAAAGAUAAGGAGAAGGAGCACCUGACCCGGCUUCAGGAUGCAGAAGAAAUGAAGAAGGCACUGGAGCAGCAGAUGGAGAGUCACAGGGAAGCCCAUCAGAAGCAGCUGUCCAGGCUGAGAGAUGAAAUUGAAGAGAAGCAGAAAACAAUCGAUGAAAUCAGAGAUAUGAAUCAGAAGCUCCAACUGGAACAAGAGAAGCUGAGUGCUGAUUAUGAUAAAUUAAAAAUUGAGGACCAGGAGAGAGAAAUGAAGCUGGAAAAGCUCAUAUUGCUUAAUGAUAAAAGGGAACAAGCAAGAGAAGAUCUUAAGGGGCUGGAGGAAACAGUGGCAAGAGAACUUCAGACUCUUCAUAACCUACGCAAACUGUUUGUUCAAGAUCUCACCACUCGUGUUAAAAAAAGCGUUGAGCUUGACAGUGACGAUGGAGGCGGAAGUGCUGCGCAGAAGCAGAAAAUUUCCUUUCUUGAGAACAACCUGGAACAGCUUACUAAGGUUCACAAACAGUUGGUACGUGAUAAUGCAGAUCUUCGUUGUGAGCUUCCUAAGCUGGAAAAACGACUUAGAGCUACGGCAGAGAGAGUUAAGGCCCUGGAGAGCGCACUGAAGGAGGCCAAGGAGAACGCCAUGCGAGACCGCAAGAGGUACCAGCAGGAGGUGGAUCGCAUUAAGGAGGCUGUAAGAGCCAAAAACAUGGCACGGAGAGCACACUCUGCUCAAAUCGCCAAGCCCAUCCGCCCUGGUCAUUACCCAGCGUCGUCUCCAACAGCUGUCCAUGCCAUCCGAGGGGGAGGGAUGUCCAACUCCAGCUACUAUCACAGCACCAAAUAGAUGAGAAGUCAGUCCCACUUAGCAUGUUACAGACUAUCAUUAAGCCACUACUUUCUUUUAUCCCCCUCUUCAACCUGAUGCACAUUCUAUUCAUCCUGCGCUUCCUACCGCCACCUGCGACGCACUGGCCAUAGGUAUUUUGAGCUUCGUAGGAUCUCCACGUGUACAGAAGUCUUCAGCUCAACUCCUCUCCAGAUACUUGUACAAUGUAUUUAACGUAACCAUCUCAGUACCCAUAGCAAGUCUGCCACCCAGAAUGGCACCGACGGCGCGUGACCCCCUGGCACUGCUUAGGUUGGGGCUUCUCUGCUCAGCCCGAUGCUGUUGGAAGACCUCUGUCACAUCAGUAAAUCCCACCUUCCGGCAUCCAAGAAUUAAUUAUUCGGUGACCAAGUGCCAUCAAAGGCAGGUGAUUGUGCUCUGUCGUGACUGAUUUACUGUAUAAUAUACAUAUUAUUUUAUAUUUUUAAGGGAUGAAAAUGUGCUGCUACAUGGUUUAAUUUUACUGCUUACAUUUUUGGAAGGAAAUUUUCCCCAAAGAACCAUUUGUAAAAUCCUGAUAAAAUCUCUGGACUGUAUAAAAUGACCUUUCUUGCAGUACCUGCUAAAGAUCAAAUGGGAUGCAGAGAAAUCUGUUAGUAUAAAUCUAGGUUUUUGGAGUUUGGUAGUUACAUGACUGUAUGUGUGACUUAUCUUCAAGUUACAAUCUGGUCUGCUUGUAGUUCUCCCUAUGGUGGUGGGUUUUCCUGGAGUGUGUUGGCUGGCCGUGUGUUGCUAAGCACUGUUCUCCAGGACACUUUGAAAGCUUUCAGAGUGCUGCAGAAGUCCUGUCUUGGGAAAGCCUGAUCUGCUCACACCAGAAUUCACACACGGGAGGGAACAGCCCCCAGCAGGACAGGUACUCCCUUCCAAAAACAAAAAGCCCCAGGUAUAGCCCCCGUUAAGGUAUAGAUGGUUCAAGAGGAGGUGCGGGUCACAAGCUGUCCCUUGCAGACCAAACUGGGAAACACACCUGUUAGGAGAUGAAGAGCAUGCUGCAAGGGGAGAAGAAUGCACUUGCUGCUUGUGUAACGACAUGCAAGCCAUCCUGCUGUGCUCAGAGCCUUUCUCACCUCCCUGGUGCCAGGCAGAACGUGUCCAGCUUCUCAGCAAGGGGGCACUGGAAUCCUUCUGGGAGAGCACAGCUGCAGGUAGAAGCUGCUCCUGCUGCUGUGUCACAUUAGCCGUGUCACCCAGCAGUGUGGCUCCCAGGGAGGGUACAGCUGCAUCUUCUGCUGCAGGUGUUUGCUCUUAGGUUAAGAGAAAGAGACAGAUUUUUUUUCUUUAAUUUCUGAAUGUGUUCACAUUGACACGAAACUAGUUAGGUAAUGGAGAGCCUUUUGAAAUACUGCAAAUUUACUUUAGUAUUUUUUUUGUCUACUGACAUUACUCAGUUUCUUGCAAAGUAAGUUGGACUUGAUUUAACUUUUUUUUGUUUUUUGAUGUUGCACUAUAUUUGGGAGCAUUUUGCAAAACUAUUUAAUGAAGUUGCAAAAUUUGCAUGUAUUUAAUUUAUUUUGUAUUUUUCAGAGUUUUAUAUUUUUCUUUAUGUGCAUGUGCACUGCCAGGAAAAUGAACUGUGAACUCGCCAUAUGCAACCUUUACUAGAGUUACUAAUUCAAACCUACUCUGUGCUGCUCAGAGCUGAACUCUCUGCUAUGAACUAAUUAUCCUCUUGUUUUUGUUCUAAUGCAGUUGUCUUAAAAAAAAGAAUACCAAACUCUUAGUUGCUGCCUGAUUUUGUAUUGCAGUACAGCUGCUGAUCUGUAUUUUGAGUUCAAAAUUUGGUAGGGGGUUGCAUUGUAAAUGCAGUUUCCCAAGUUGCUCGUGCUGUUAUCAUCAGUUAUGUAUGACAGUUUAGACAGAUUUCUUCAGCUUGAGUACUAAGUUAGCUUUGACAUCUCUUAAUUGUGCUAGUGCUGAUCAGCCAGUCAGUUCAUCUAGCUAAAGCAGUGUGAGUUUCUCCAAGUUAACUUCUGCUUCAAGACUGUAAGAGAACUUUCUAUAGCUGAAACACUGACAAGAUGCAGCAGGCUGAGCUCCUCCAAAAGAAAUACAUUCGAUGCUUAAUUGGAAAUGAUCCAGUCUGUCAGUUGAACUUAUUCUGCUUAUAGAUUCUUGUUUUGUAGCCUAUUUUAAUGAGGCAAUUUAAGUUUGUAUUGCUUAUUGUAUAUCCAGCUUUUGUACCAUUUUCAAGUCCUAUGUAUUUUAUAGAUAGAAAAUGAAAGCCACACAUCUGCUCUGCAGGGAUCAAACCCUGUCUUCUGUCAUUUCCAGAACCUGGCGCUGUCUUACUUUGCUCUUUGAAUGUUGUGUCAUAUUUAUUCUAGGCUGAUUUUCAAGUUGUGAUUUGUGUAGCGCAAAUGAAGCUUCACAUCUAAGAUGUCUUGCAUGGUUUUGGUGGAAACACUUUUCACAAAUGGAAGCCAUACUUCAGAUGGAACUAAAGUGCGUACUGUUCUUUUUCAAGGAAUAAAAUACUAUUUCCUGCUCA